AUGAAGACAAGCAUCGUUUCCGCUGUGGCAAUCCUGCCUAUCACCACCGUUUCUGCAUUCGAAGUAGCCGACAUCUACAAGACGACCCUCGGAUCCCGUGCGGAUUACAGCCUUGACCUAAACACGUGCUUCGCCAAUUACGUCGGUUCGCUGAACCAUGUUGCGAACGGCGGCUUUGCCGAUUCGUGCACUGGUUGCCACAUGGACGGCACGAAACUGAUUUGUGAGUGUUUAGUUGGCGCGGAUCGCGGUAUCAAACGCAAUGAAGUAGAGCUUGACGAUUGGAAUCUUAUCCAGGUCAACGAAGAAUCAUUAGGCUGCGGUAGCACUGUCGGUUUUGAGAGAAGCGUCGGUAAGAGUGCCCGCUUCUUCACUGCGUAA